AUGAUUGAACCAAAACUGAUUCACAAGAUCUGCAUCCCGUCCGGGAGCGACGCCGACGAGCUGCUCGCUCAUCUGAGGCUCGCCAAUCUUCCAACCAAGGAGCAGGUUCACGACCAGAUUGAGCGGAACCUGCUCCUUCCACGGCCUCGUCUCCCCGAUCAUUGGCUGCCGAAAUACCAGCUACACUGGGAAACAAAGCUGUCCAUCCCCUCGCUGCUCAAAUUCGAGCCAUCGCCUCCGCCUACCUCUCUAGCCUUCGUUCGAACCGGGCUCCAAGGCCGUGUAACUGACUACACUGAGGUUGCCAACCCUCGCGUAGCCACCGGCUUGACGUCUACUGCUCUCGACCGAGCGCCCGCGCCCAGCCGCAGUUUCGUUAGGGGGAAGUCCAGCUAUAUCCCCUUCCUACCGGGCGGUCUCGAUGUUCUCAGGAAACCAGUUGAGGAGCUGGACUUCGUCGAAGGCUCGUCGCAGUUGCGCACCCGCGCACCGGGUUUGUCGCGUGGUCUUCGACUACCCGGUGAAGUCGCAGAUGAGGCAGAUCCUGAUUUCCUCGGUCUCAGCUUUGCGUCCCGCGCCAGAGCGCCUGAAGAGCAGGAUCUGAGUGCACGUGCUUACGAGCCAAUAGACGAAGACGCGGAAGGAAAUAUUGGUUUCGGACCAGGCACAUCCGAGAUCGAUGAGCUGCUUCCCACAAGUAGGAGCCAGUUAAAUCCCGUACGAACAACACGCAGACAGCUGCGCCGCGCCAACGUUCAGAAGCGAGAUUGGGCCCAUGAAGUUGACAUCAACAAGCCGAUGACAAACUUCCACGAGCUUGUGCCAGAGAUGGCACACGAAUAUCCGUUUGAGCUCGACACGUUUCAGAAAGAGGCAGUGUACCACCUUGAGAUGGGCGACUCUGUUUUCAUUGCAGCCCACACGUCAGCCGGAAAGACCGUGGUGGCUGAAUAUGCUAUUGCUCUCGCGGGAAAACACAUGACCAGGGCCAUCUACACUUCCCCUAUCAAAGCACUAUCAAACCAAAAAUACCGCGACUUCAAACAAACCUUCAGCGCUGCCUCUGUGGGCAUCCUUACAGGAGACGUCCAGAUCAAUCCAGAGGGAAACUGCCUCAUUAUGACCACUGAGAUUCUCCGCAGCAUGCUGUACAAGGGCGCGGACCUCAUCCGCGACGUAGAAUUCGUGAUCUUUGAUGAAGUCCACUAUGUGAACGACGCUGAGCGAGGUGUGGUGUGGGAGGAAGUCAUUAUCAUGUUACCGGACCACGUCAACAUCAUCUUGCUUUCCGCCACCGUCCCCAACUGCAAGGAGUUCGCGGACUGGGUCGGCCGCACGAAGAAAAAGGAUAUCUACGUGAUUUCCACCGCGAAGCGCCCCGUCCCGCUAGAGCACUUCCUCUACGCCAACCGCGACCUGCACAAGAUCGUCGACGCAGAUCGCAAAUUUAUCACGGAAGGAUACAAAGCCGCCGGCGAGGCGCUCCGCCGGAAGCAGGACAAGGAGCGCGAGGCACAGGGCCUCCCACCCGUACAACGGGUGGGCGCGCGCGGGGCCGCCCCGCAGCGCGGAGGUGGCCGUGGGGGCAGAGGUGCGGGCGGCGGGCGAGGAGGGCAGCCCGCACGGGGGGCUCCGGCUCGCGGGGGCUCGGGCCCGCGGGGCGGUGGUGGGGGCCGCAGCUUCCACCAGCCCGACAAGAACCUGUACCCGAAUUUGCUGGACUUGCUGAAGAAGAAGACGCUGCUCCCCGUCGUCAUUUUCACUUUCUCGAAGAAGCGGUGCGAGGAGAAUGCGGGGACGCUGACGAACAAGGACCUGAGCACCGCGUCUGAGAAGAGCGAAAUCCACGUAGCGAUUGCAAAGGCGCUGUCGCGGCUCAAAGGUUCCGACAAGCAGCUGCCGCAGAUCAGACGCAUGCGGGAGCUGCUCCUGCGAGGGAUUGGUGUUCACCAUGGCGGUCUCCUCCCUAUCGUCAAAGAGGUCGUGGAGAUCCUCUUCGCUCGUGGACUGAUCAAAGUCCUUUUCGCGACCGAGACGUUCGCCAUGGGCGUGAACAUGCCCGCCAAGUCCGUCGUCUUCUCACAUAUCCGGAAACACGAUGGCCGCAGCUUCCGCGAGAUCCUCCCAGGAGAGUACACCCAAAUGGCGGGCCGUGCCGGUCGUCGCGGUCUUGAUUCCACUGGAACGGUAAUUAUCGUUGCUAGCGACGGGUGUCCUGAACAAGGCGUUCUCGAUACUAUGAUCCUGGGAGUUCCGAACAAGCUCCAGUCUCAGUUCCGCCUGACGUACAAUAUGAUCCUGAACCUCCUGCGCGUCGAGGCUCUACGUGUCGAAGAGAUGAUCAAGCGGAGUUUUUCUGAGAACGCGUCGCAGCGUAUGCUGCCCGAGAACCAGAAAAAGGUCAUUGAGCACGAGAAGAAACUAGCGGCGAUGACGCGCCUUGAGUGCGAUGUUUGCACGGCCGAUAUCGAGCACUAUUACGACACGUCCUUCGACAUCGUGGAACACAAUGACCGCUUGCUGGAGUACGCCGUUCAACAUGGCGGACGAUUCAUGUCACCCAAACGCGUCGUAAUCCUGCGGGACGGGUUGCUCAAGGGCAACGCAGCGAUUUAUCUCAAGGUGGCGGACGCCACCAUGGGCGGACAGAAUGUCAAGAUGUACACCGUCCUCGUCCUCGUGGAGAGUGAGUGGAAGAAGGCAAUCAACAAGACGGGGCAGCCCGGGAAAGACUUGGAACUCGCCCCUCCACACUGGCCGAUCACCCCUGAAUCACUGCUGACAGACAAACCAACUUACUAUGUGACCAUUGUUCCUCUUAGCAGCAUUUGUCUCAUUGCGGACCACGUCAUGGAGAAACUUGAUUUGGGCAAAAACCUCGACCGCAUGAGCGUCGCGCGGCUGGAAGCUGGCGUUCGUGAGCUUGACGAUGUGGUCAAGAAGUGGGCACGUGCCGAGACCAUCCCGGAGGUCCACUGGGGCAGGACGAAGAAACUCGAUUUCCAGGAAGCGCUGACCCGCCGAGAUACGCUCGCCCGCACGCUCCCGCGGUUCACCUGCACGUCGUGCCCGGACUUUGAAGCGCAUUAUGCUGCCACGCACGCACGCAAGUCGCUCGAGGCGAACAUCGCCGACCUCAAGGCCGCGAUGUCGGACCAGAACCUCGAGCUCAUCCCGGACUAUGAGCAGCGCAUCGAGGUCCUCCAGGAGCUCAAGUUCAUCGACGACAACUCGACCGUGCUCCUCAAGGGCCGUGUCGCGUGCGAAAUCAACUCCGCGAACGAGCUCGUGCUCACCGAGCUCAUCCUCGAGAACACGUUCGCAGCGUAUGAGCCCGAGGAAGUCGUCGCCCUCCUCUCCUGCUUCCUCUUUCAGGAGAAGACCGACGUCGAGCCUGUCGUCCCGCCCAAGCUGCAAGACGGGCUUGCGGCGAUCACCGCGAUCGCGGAGCGCGUGGAGCGGGUGCAAGACCGUCACAAGGUACCCGGAGAGGAGUUCCGGCAGCUCAAGCCCGGGCUGGUCGAGGUCGUGUACGAGUGGGCGAAGGGCAUGCCGUUCGAGCAGAUCACGGAGCUUACGGACGUCGCGGAGGGCACAAUCGUACGGGUAAUCACCCGUCUGGACGAGACCUGCAGGGAAGUGCGAGACGCGGCUCGGGUCAUCGGCGAUGCAGAGCUAUUCAAGAAGAUGGAGGAAGCACAAAUCAAGAUCAAGCGGGAUAUUGUAUUCGCAGCCAGUUUAUAUUUCUAG